CCCCAACACAACAACAUCACCUCCAACUACCAUUCAUAAUGUCUGCCCCAUACGAUCCCAACCAAGGCUACUACCCUCCUCAGCAGGGUGGAUAUCCCCCUCAAGGCGGCUACCCUCCCCCACAGCCCAUGCAGUACCAGCAAGCGCCACCACCCCAAGAAGAAAAGAGCCACGGCUGCUUCUACACAUGUAUCGCCACACUCUGCUGUUGUUGGGUCUGCGGAGAGACCUGCGAGUGUUGUCUUGAGUGCCUCGACUGCUGCUGUUAAUCACACCACCUGCAUUUCUCCCCCCCCCCCCCUCCAAACAAAGCGCUUGGAGAUAAUAAAGAAUGCAUGAUUUUUAUUGCCCUUUUUCUCAUUACCCCUACAUAGCUACUGGGUCUCUCAUCCAGCUUCUUUUUUUGUAGCUCUCAAAUAACGGCCUAAACACAAUACCACACAUGUCAUCAACACAAGAUUUAAGCCUUGAAUAAAGUUAUCCCCAAUUAAA